GGCAAUGUUGAGCAAUAAGUACGAAAGGCUGACUGUUCCAAAAAUAUUUGAGCAAGAUGGCAGGCCUGGGGAUAAGCAGAGAGCCUUGCAGCCUGAUGUUUCUGUGACCAACUCCAUUGGCAAGUUGCAAGUGCCAAACUCUUGGGAGCCACAAGGAGACCGGAAGAGAACCGAUUCAAAAAACACAGAGUCACGUUCAGAGUGGAGAAGGUUCAUCAGAGCUUUCAGGAAGCAGACCGAAGCCUCACCGGGUUCCUGACACCUAAAGAGUUGGAAGAAGUUUAUGAAUUUUCUGGAGCGAGCUCAGCCUUUGAUCAAUUCUCCCCCUGCUUCCAUCCCACAUCAUGCCAGAGCUCCCCCACAAAAUCAACAUUCUGCCUUCACCAGACCUGAUCUGGACUUCAUUGCUUUGACGGAUGCUGUUCAGGAUUCUCUGAGGCCCUCCCAGGCGAAAAUGAAGGAUAAAAACCAUAAUUCUGGAGUUGAUAAUCCCAGCCGAGGAGGGAAGGUUCUGAAAAUUCCCGGCAAAAUCAGGAGACUGGAGUCAGAGUCCAUGAUGGAGCAAGACAAGGAAAGCAAACUCCAGGAAAAAAACUGGAUUGAUCGCUUCACACGGCUGGAGCGAGCCUUGCACCUAUUAGACAAUAGAACUGCAGGCGGGCUGUAUCAAUGUGAAGCGAGGCGGGUGAUCAACAACUAUAAUCUCAUUCAUCAUUUGAAUCUCAGGCCACAGAAAAUUCAGGAAGCCCUCGAUCAGUUUCAGUCCAACGGUAAAGUAAUAGUGGAACCGAUCCUUCAGUACUUAAAGGAACUUUGAAGAGCGGAGAAGGAUUUCCCACCUUGAAUAGCAAGAAUUUUGAAUCACGGUUUUAUUAAUUGAACUUGAACCCAUAGAACAAUAGAACUGUACAACGCAAUAGGAGGUCUUUUGGCCCAUUUUUCACGAAGCUAUCCUUCCUAAUCCCAAUUCUCUGCACUUUCCCCAAACCCUCUAUAACACCCUUCCUGUGCACAUGCUUGUCCAACUUUUAUUUAAGUGCCCAAUCAACUGGCAAAUCAUUCCACACCCUGACAACCCUCUGGGAAAAGUAAUAUUCCUUUUACUCCCCCAGUCGCAAUCUUCAUCCUCUCGUCUUCGAAACCCCAUGUGGUUUAGUGUUCUGUAUCAGCACUGCAGUAAAUGAUGAACUCAGUUCGCCUCUGAAAUCAUUUGAUUUUGAAUUGUGGUAACGCCUUGCUAAUGUAGACUGUGCCACACAACGGCUAGUUACAUGAAUCACAAUGCAUGUAUUAUGAUUCCACCACAUGUCAGUGUGAGUCUAAUGUCCAGUAUAGGAACAACAACUUGGAUUUAUAUAGUGCCCUCCAUGCC